GUGCUAUUGAAAUACCUAUCUUCCAAGAUUCGACUAAACUUAAUACAAAUACAUUUCUGGUAAAAAAGAUUGGAAAUAAAUCUAAGAAAAAUUUUUAUAUUUAAAACAUAGGGAUUGAAUAAUAAAAUGUUUUUUUAAUGUUAAGCAUAUGGUGUUCAUCUUUUUAAAAAUCUCGCAAGUAUUUAUUCAUUUAAAUAGUACGGAAAAAAGAUAAUCUUAAUUGGAGACUGAAGAUAAUAUAUUAACACCUUUACUUAUCAUGAUAAGUAUGUUGUUUAAUAUAUCUGUAGGUUUUUUUUUUAUUUCUAAUAAUUUACUUAAUGAAAAAAAACUAAAGACUUUUCUCUUGAAAUUCAUCAGAUUAUAAUUUUACUGUAUUUACAUUGCGUAAUUAUCGUUGUUGUAAAUAUUUAUGGAAACCAUAUGUUGAUCAUUAUACAUUUUUACUUUUAACAUCAUUAUCAUCAAAAACAGUUUUUAAGCUGACUAAUAAUUUUCGAUAUGAGUUGAAUUUCUUUUAAUAAGAAGAAUAUUGGAUUUUAUUCGGAUUUCUUUUAGUAGUGAUAUUCUAUCAAAUAGAUUAUUAAUGAAAACAAUCCAGAAAAAAACUCAGUUGAAAGAUUAAAUAAAUGCUUUUUCAAAGCAAUUAACGAAAGCAUUUAUUUAAUCCAAUAUCAAGUGGUUUAUAUUAGGCCCAGUAGACUGAAAGCAUGUAUUUGUGAGCAUCCUUGUAAACCGAUCUAGUUUUUUGUAACAGGAGAUAGAAGUAAGUGUCUUAUUUCAUUAGAAUCGCCAGAUCAUGAGUUACAAAAGUAAUGAUUUAGUUUUUUAAGAUUCUAUUUUGUUGUUGAAGAUAUUGAAUUUUUUUCCUGUCCUGUGGUAACAUUCCCGAGAUAUUAAUUUUCCCAAAAUAUAGGCGCUUUUUCAUAAAUAUUGUAUAAAACAUGAAUAUUUUGAAAAGCUCAUAUCUCGGUGGUAGUACUAUGUCCAAAAAUUCUGAUAUUUUUUUUUCACAAGCUAGUUUAAUUGAAGGCUUUAUGUGCGCAAAGUUUCAGGUCAAAAUUCGAAAACACGAUUUUGUUGGAAAAUCAGGAUCCUCCAGGGAAAUUUGAGUAAAAUUUGAAUAUCCCAGCCACAUCGCAACAUGGACAGAUAUUCUCUUAGACUUUUUCUAGUCUAUAGGUCUUCUACUUGUGGACAAAAUAUGGGAGCAAAAGCGAUGGAUCAUUUGGGAAUCUUUUCUCGUAAAUGCAUUUGACAGAAUAGAAAGUCGUAUCAGGAGUCAGUUUUCUUCAUGAGAAGUAAGCCAUCUUAACAAUAAUUGCAAGAAAAAAAAGCCGCUUACAGCUUAAUAAUUAGCAGGCAGCACAUGAAACCUUCUGUUUCUCACUGUUCUUAUUCUUUCUUUACCAUAUUCGUAAUAAGAAUAAAAGAAAAGGUCGAUGAGCUUUCAAAUUUUUCUUUCUGAUACACUUAAUCAUUUCUAUCCUAAAUAUUGAUUUGAGUGCUCUAAAAUGUUUGCUUGGCCGGAUCCUUGAUUAUCUAAUCUUAUAUAUAGUUAAUUGAAUUCAUUCUUUCUUUAUUCAAGAUUGAUAUUACUAUGAAAAAAAAAUUUUACGAGAUUGAAUAAUAAUAAAAAAAUUGUUUUUUCAUCAACAACAAUAAUAAUUAAUGAUCUUUACCGUCGUCCCAAUUAACAACUGAAUCAUCAUCAUCUUCAGCACAUCUAUUUAAUAUAGGAACAAAUAAAACAUAUUUAGUUCGUCAUGUAAUAUCAUUGAGAUGUUUACCAAGUAAUAAACUAUCAAGAUAUCGUUCAUAUAAUUUACGUGAAUUUGAAAAUGUUCAUCACUGUUAUUCAGUUAUUUUACAUGCUCUUGAUCAUACUGAACGAAAUUUUAUAUUAAUUUAA